AUGUUAUCCAAACAAUUAAGAGGGUUAUCUAUUCUUAGGAAUAAUCGUGCUAGAUGUUCGCUUAUUAAUGGUGUUCGUCAAAUUUCUAGUGGAAAUUCGCCAUUAUCAGCGACCACUUCCGAUCCAAGCGGAGUCCAUACGGCGACUAUUGUUGAGCCACCUGUUGUAGCUCCACCUUCUGGAUCUACGAUUACUUUAAAGAGUGCUACUAGAGAUGACUCUAAAUUUGGUACUAGGCCAAUCUACUUAGAUGUUCAGGCCACUACCCCCACCGACCCAAGAGUUCUUGAUAGAAUGUUAGAAUUUUAUACUGGAUUGUAUGGUAAUCCACACUCUUCUACACAUUCAUAUGGGUGGGAAACCGAGAAGGAAGUCGAAAAGGCACGUAAGUAUAUUGCGGAUGUUAUUAAUGCUGACCCAAAAGAAAUUAUAUUCACUUCGGGUGCUACAGAAUCUAAUAACAUGGCAGUUAAAGGUGUUCCUCGUUUCUACAAGAAUACCAAGAAGCAUAUUAUUACGACCCAGACCGAACACAAGUGUGUUUUAGAUUCUGCAAGACAUAUGCAAGAUGAAGGAUUUGAGGUCACAUACUUGCCUGUUAACGAAGAGGGUUUAAUUAGCUUGGAUGACUUGCGUAAAAGUAUCCGUAAAGAUACUUCAUUGGUAUCUAUUAUGGCGGUUAACAAUGAAAUUGGUGUUGUACAACCUUUGAAGGAAAUUGGUGAGAUCUGUAGAGAGAAUAAAAUCUUCUUCCAUACCGAUGGUGCACAAGCUUAUGGUAAAAUUGAUAUUGAUGUUAAUGAAAUGAAUAUUGAUUUGAUGUCGAUAUCUUCGCACAAGAUUUACGGGCCAAAAGGUAUUGGAGCUUGUUACGUAAGAAGACGUCCAAGAGUUAGAUUAGACCCAAUUAUAACCGGUGGUGGACAAGAAAGAGGUUUAAGAUCAGGUACUUUGGCACCGCCAUUAGUUGCUGGUUUUGGUGAAGCUUCUAGACUUAUGAAGGAAGAAAUGGACGUAUGUAUUUUUGUUUGA